GAGCGAGUGUGCUACUACUGUCCCAAACUCUUCGUGAUGGCUGCCGUGUGGCGUUUUCGUAUAUUUGUCCGUUGUGUUGUCCGCUUCUCUGAUCGUGAUCUGUAAAUAUUUGACGAAGGAUCGUUAAACGUGACAUUAAAGACGCCCCAAAAUAAGCCAAUAUGGCUGAAACCAACCAAAAUACUGAUGGCACUGUGCAAGGAGGAGAAGAUGAAAAUACAGAGGAUUCUAAUUUGCAAAUGGAGCUCAGUGCUUUCAGGGCAGAGUGGAUGUCUGAGCUUCAACCCGGGACAGGUGAAAGGAGAAGUUUGUCUAAGACUGCUGAACUGAAGAGAAAACAGGAUUUAGCUAAAGAACAAAAGGCCCGAGAGCUGUUUUUAAAAGCAGUUGAAGAAGAACAGAAUGGAGCUGUUUAUGAAGCCAUCAAGUACUACAAGAGUGCAAUGCUGUUGGUGCCAGACAUUGAGUUUAAGAUCAACUUCAGCAGAACUCCUGAUCCAGACCGAGUUGGUGGGAGCUUCUUGGAGGACAAUGGGAAUGAUGGGGAGAUAGAUGAUCUGCUGACAUACUUCCAACAGCAGCUGACACUGGAGGACGCCACCUUAAGGUUGUGUGCACCAGAGACGGACACUUCCCAGGUGCAUAUUUCAGCUUUGCCCCUAGAGGUGCUGAUGUAUAUCUUCCGUUGGGUGGUGUCAUGUGACCUGGACCUCCGAGCCCUAGAGCAGCUCUCCAUGGUCUGCAGGGGUUUCUAUAUCUGUGCAAGGGACCCUGAGAUUUGGCGAUCUGCUUGUUUGAGAGUAUGGGGACGAAGCUGCACUAAAAUGCUGCCAUUCUCAUCGUGGAGAGAGAUGUUUUUAGAAAGGCCUCGUGUACGCUUUGAUGGAGUUUACAUCAGUAAAACUUCAUACAUCCGUCAGGGUGAAGAGUCUCUUGAUGGCUUCUACAGGGCUUGGCACCAGGUAGAGUACUACAGGUACCUCCGCUUCUUUCCCGGUGGCCAGGUGAUGAUGUUAACCACACCUGAAGAACCCUUGGCUGCUGUUCCAAGGUUGCGCAGCAAGAACUCCAGGAUUGAAUCCAUCUUGUUCGGCCAUUAUCGGCUAUCCCAGGAUACAGACAAUCAAACCAAAGUGUAUGUUGUUGUCUCCAAGAAAAAAGAGGAGAUCAUCUUUAAACAGAAGGUGGCAGACUACCAGAGGAGCCGGUUCUGCAGGCGGAACCCAGUCCCUGAAGCAGAACACUCCUUCCAUGUAGGACUGCAGUUGUCCUCGGGAGGGCGUCCACGCUUUAACAAACUGGUUUGGAUCCAUCAUUCAUGCCAUAUCACCUACAGAUCAACUGGAGAGACGGUCGUCACUGCAUUUGAUGUGGACAAAAUGUACACGCCUCUGUUUUUUGCACGAGUGAAGAGCUACACAGCCUUUUCGGAACGCCCACUGUAGGGCGACAUGAGAUGCAUGCAGACACUUUACUGCCAUCCUCUCUCACUCUCCCUUCUGCUUCCAGAUUUUUCUUAUGAAUGUAAACGGAUGGUAUGAGAUUUUUAGAAUCCAAUAGUCUUAAUUGCAGCUAAAAGCAUUAGGUUUUGUUUCAUAGAUAGAUUAAGAUCUAUCAUGCUCUUAUUAUAAGAAUACAUAUAUAUAUAUAUAUAUAUAUAUAUAUAUAUAUGGACACGAUAUGUACGUCUUCUGACAACUGAAUCAGCCAAAAUAAAUUACCUUACAUUAAAAUUCUGCUGUUUUUUGCAUUUACUCAGGAAACAUAAUUAACCUUAUUUACUUUAUAAAUGCAUACUGCUGGUCUUUUUGUGCACAAUUCAUCAUCGCUUGUUAAUCUUAAAUUAAAGUGUAUACAUCUCGAUUCUUUGUGGUAUGUGACUCCCAUUUUUCACUAUCCACCUUUUUCUCGAACACUGAAGUGAUGUGACGUAUUUCCUUGCCGGUCCGAGACUUCCUGUUAAGUAGCCAGCCGGUAGAAAACAGUGUAGUGGGAGCACGCAUAAAACAUGAUUUAAACAGUUAAUAUUUACUACACCUGCCAUGUAUAAAUUGAGUGUGAGAAUGAAAUGAAGAAGUGGCUUGAUA